GGAUUCCCAAGCUAAACAGAAUUGCCGAAAAAGCUGCUGAGAAGCACUAGUAAAAGGAGCCUAUACAGCGAAAGGCUCAUUUCGUCUCUUCUUCAAAGAUCGAAAUGGCUCUGUUCCUAAGAAGAUUAGCAAAGGCUGCUCCCGUCGCAUUAACCAAUGCAUUCAGAACUGAACCCAAAUCGAAUUCAGGGGGUUUUCGAAUUCCAAUUGGGGCAAUUGCUGCUGUUUCUGGUGGAAUUUCAUAUUACUACUACUUUUCUUGGCCUAAUAUGGUUCAGCUAGAUCACAGUGAUGAAGAAGGUGGUGCAAAAGUUGCACUCAAUCCAGAUAAGUGGGUCGAGUUUAAGCUACAAGAUACUGCAAGGGUCAGCCACAAUACAAAGUUAUUCAGGUUUUCAUUUGAUCCCACUUCUAAGUUGGGCCUGGAUAUUGCUUCCUGCAUUAUAACAAGGGCCCCGCAAGGACAAGAUGAUGGAGGAAAAACAAAAUAUGUGAUUCGCCCGUAUACACCUAUAUCAGAUCCAGAUGCGAAGGGAUAUUUUGAUUUAUUGAUUAAGAUUUAUCCUGAAGGAAAAAUGAGUCAGCAUCUAGCAAGUUUAAAACCAGGCGAUUUAUUAGAAGUCAAAGGGCCAAUUGAAAAACUCAGAUACACUCCAAACAUGAAGAAAAACAUUGGCAUGAUUGCAGGUGGUACUGGCAUUACACCAAUGCUGCAGAUAAUUGAUGCUAUUUUAAAGAAUACUGAUGACAACACACAGGUAUCUCUGAUUUAUGCUAACAUAUCCCCAGAUGACAUACUACUCAAAGGAAAACUUGACAUUCUUUCAACAAGCCAUCCUAAUUUGAAGGUAUUUUACACAGUAGAUAAUCCUUCGAAGAAUUGGAGAGGAGGUAAAGGGUACAUUUCAAAAGAUAUGGCUGUGAAGGGCUUGCCUGGUCCUGGUGAAGACACAUUGAUCCUUGUAUGUGGUCCCCCUGGAAUGAUGAAACACAUCUCUGGAGACAAAGCUAAAGAUCGUUCACAAGGGGAGGUCUCAGGUCUACUAAAAGAACUUGGAUACACAGAGCAGAUGGUAUAUAAGUUCUGACAAGAUUGAAACACUAAAGCCUAUCAGUUUUCAUCAUAAACCUCAAAUUUUGUAUUGAAAACAUUUGGUUGUAACGCAGACUCUUAGAAUUUAGUCCUGCCUACCCUAUAGUAAUAAAAAUGAAGUCCAAUUUCUUUGCUAA